ACCGCCACUGCUGCCGCCGCUCCCGCCAGCAUGUCGGGCUCCGACGCCGAGACCCCGUCCGCUAUCCAGAUCUGCCGGAUCAUGCGGCCGGAUGAUGCCAACGUCGCGGGCAACGUCCACGGAGGGACCAUCCUGAAGAUGAUUGAGGAGGCGGGAGCCAUCAUCAGCACCCGCCAUUGUAACAGCCAGAGCGGGACCGACUUCCUGUCUCCCAUGUGCAUCGGGGAGGUGGCUCACGUCAGCGCUGAGAUUACCUACACGUCCAAGCACUCUGUGGAAGUCCAGGUCAACGUGAUGUCCGAGAACAUCCUCACAGGGACCAAGAAACUGACCAACAAGGCCACCCUGUGGUACGUGCCCCUGUCGCUGAAGAACGUAGACAAGGUCCUCGAGGUGCCCCCUGUCAUGCCAGAGCCAAACACCGUCAGCUACAGCCAGUCCAGCUUGAUCCACCUGGUGGGCCCUUCGGACUGCACCCUGCACGGCUUCGUGCAUGGAGGUGUCACCAUGAAGCUCAUGGACGAGGUGGCCGGGAUCGUGGCUGCCCGCCACUGCAAGACCAACAUCGUCACGGCCUCCGUGGACGCCAUUAAUUUCCACGACAAGAUCAGGAAAGGGUGUGUCAUCACCAUUUCUGGGCGCAUGACCUUCACGAGCAACAAGUCCAUGGAGAUUGAGGUCCUGGUGGACGCCGACCCCGUGGUGGACAACUCUCAGCAACGGUACCGGGCUGCCAGUGCCUUCUUCACCUACGUUUCCCUGAGCCAGGAGGGCAGGUCGCUGCCUGUGCCCCAGCUGGUGCCCGAGACAGAGGAUGAGAAGAAGCGCUUUGAGGAAGGCAAAGGGCGGUACCUGCAGAUGAAGGCCAAGCGGCAGGGCCAGGUGGAGCCCCAGCCCUAGACACCUGUCAGGCGGGGCUUCGAGCUGCCAGUGAAGGGACCCGGAGCAUCAGAUCCCUCAGGAGUUACCCCCGUGGCCAAAAACCCAAUCAAUUUCCGUGGCGAGCUGGUGUUGUGUGAAGUAUUUGUAACGCAGUGUUAACCUCUACUCUGUCCUAAAACACCUACACACCAAAGCUUAUUUAUAUCAUUCCAGUGUAAAUGCUACACGGAGUUGUCCCCCGCCCAGGCCCUCCGUGGUCCCCGGGCUAUUUUGUCUCUGUCAAGUUCAUGAGGAAUCCAGUUCCAUCAAUAAAGCCGCAGUUUGGCUAGA